AAAUUCAAAAUAAAAGCACGCUGAAAGUAAUAUACUCUCCUAUCCUGUCACCUGUGGAGCCCUACAUCAUUUUGGACACAGUAGACUCAUCUGCUGAGACCUCAAAUACCAUGUGCCCAGACCCUCAAAUCCCAGCUUCAUCACUAGCCUCAUCCUGCAGUGAUGAUACACUGUACACGUCAACCCCGCAUUCAUCCCCAGAAACGCAGCUCUCAGGAUUAUCUUCCUGGCCAAAAAUUUUUGUGGUACCUAAGUUCACGUACGAUGCUGAGUUUGAGCUACACCAAAAGAAUAUAGAGUUUGAGACCAACGGAACAUACUUCAACCCUGGCCCUAAGCUGAAAGGAGUCAUUCUUGAUGGCCUAGCUCAAGAAAUGAUGAAAUACACUAAAUAUCCGAAAGACUAUCAAUGUGAGGAGGUAGCUGCAGCUUUGACCAGGGCCCACCCUUGUUUGGGGCAGCUGGGAUCUGAGACAGGGUUUGGGGGUUGGAAACAGUCACUUAAAUAUAAAAUGCAAAACUAUCGAACAAAGCUUGGGCGACUUGGACAUCCUGAGAUCCGUGUAAACUCCUUGAAGCACAAACGAGAAGGCCAAGGAAAGGCUGCAGCUAAUAUUAAGAAACCAAGGAAGGCGGAGGUUAACUACAUUCCUCUGCACCCAAAAGGCGAAUCCACAGAAAGCUUGGAGAAUGAGAGAAUUGCUCUAUUGUCAGAACUAAAAAAGUGUGACAAUGCAGUGGUGAUUAAAGCAAAAAUGGAAAAAACAUUCUCCUACAGACGCUGGGAGAUUGUGGAACAAAGGCUUAUGAUAGGGGAAUUCAAAAACAGAUGGCCCGCCCUGUUUCUCGAGAGUGAAAUAAAUGCAGAGUUCUUGCGGAUCACCACCAAGCCACUGCGAUCGAAGUUACUGGCGCAGCUGGACCAUUUUUCAGAAAAACUAAUACAGAUCUUUAACAAGAAAAGAGGAGUGAAGGGGCAAAAGAUUAAGGCCGUCCUGGCAAUCAAAGAUUCUUGUGACAACAUCGACAUCAGGAGGGAGUGCAUCCUGAGGAGCCUUGUGAUCUACCUCAAUGAGGAUCCAGACUCUCUUUUUCAAGGAAUAUCUGGCCUCCGCCGCUGAGGAUGCAGAGAGGGACAUCACAAACACAGUCAUGGGGAUUUACACGAUCCAAAGAAAUGGUGCUGAGAAGUCAGAGGAUGUGGGAAUUGUGAUCGAAGGCAUUAAAGUCCUGAGCAACGUAGGCAGUGUCAUCAUGGGGUUCAUCAUGCUGUUUGGGCUCAUUUAUGCCCUUGAUUUAAGCUUUCCAGAAAACCUUAAGUAUACCUUCGAGUUUUUCCAGAAGGUUAUAAUGAAUUUGGAUGGGCACAAGCUGAAUACAACGAUACAGCAGCUAAAAAUCAAGUUGUUUGCAUAACAGGUAAACACCAGGUGACAAAGUACACUUUUGUUUGUUUUGCUUUUUCAUUUUUGGCUCAGUCAACAGCCAAUGACCAUCAGAGGCAGACUUUGGAAGUUAUUCACUGGACUUUAACAUAUGACUGCAAGCUGUUUAACAGUAAUGAUGAAGGAUAUACAACCAUGGGAAGUAGAGUGAUUUUGCACUUCCCAGACAAACUAAGGGUUGAUUGGGUUUAAGUUUGGAAUUCCAUGGUCUUCACCUCAAGUUUGCCUGCUUCGCCUCCACAUGCUAACUCAAGUCUGACUCUACCCUCCACUCUUUUCAACUUGCCAUAAAGCUGAUGGCAGUGUCAGCUGGUGCAUCCAUUUUUUUUUUCCACAACUCAAGUUGAAAUGGAUCUAAACAGAUUACAACAAAACUGUAAUUCCCUUUGAUUGUGAAUGGCCAGAACCUUUUUUGUGUAACAAGUCAAACUUUACAGUUUGUUACAUUUAAAUGAAUAUGGGUAUCCAUAUUAGUUAUUAGAUGGGUUACUGGUCGAUGCAACCAGUUUCUGUUAGCCCCUAGGAUAAUACACCAAAAACUGUUUUUCAGGGUAUGAACAUUGAACUGUUUGUACUUAAGCCUGUUAGAUUAAAAAUUUCUCAGGGGUAAAAGUAAUUCCUGCAAAUAUUUUCUAUAGCCUUGAUGUUACAUAGCUUUUAUUACAUAUACAGUUGCUGUAUAUUUAGAAUGUUUUAUAAUUGAUGUUUAAACUGUUCUUCAGUUAGUAUUAAGAAAAUUUAAUAGAAGUUGUUUUGCCUCAUUGAUGGUUGUUUUAUUAAAACCAGACAUUGGCAUCCCCUGUUUGUAAAGCAGUGCAAAGCUCUCCAUCUACAGAGCCUUUUUUUUUUUUUGCUCAGGCAUUCGGAAUAACUGGGAAUUCAUUUUCGCCAGUUAUGAAGCUUUUACAUACUAUUUCAGUUCACUGCUCUUAAAUCCCUUUAAAAAAAAAAUUAAAUGAGCCUUGUAAGUGAUUUCCAGGUUGUUCUAACAUUUAAAACUACAGUGUAAGCAGCACCUUUUGUUUUACUGGUUAUCAAUAAAAACAUCUCAAAUA